AUGUCCCCCACAAGCUACACAUUGACUCCGGGCGAAUCAUCAAACUCAGCCUCAACCUCAUCACCUUAUUCACCGAAUCCCAAUCCCCAGGCUCACGACCACUCUCAACCGAUACUGCACCUCCAUCAGGCUCAAUCGCAGUCGCGGAUCAACGAUAAAUCACAGAGAUCGAGAGAUGGAUGUUUGACAUGCAGGUCCAGAAAGGUCAAGUGCAACGAGGAGAGACCAAUCUGCGAUAAAUGUAGGAUCAAAUCUAGAGAGUGUCUGUGGCCAUCAGGAGAUGAAAGUGAACGACGACGUAAUAAGAAACGCAGAUCAACCAAUACACCUGAUGAUACUUCUAUGUCUACGCCAAAUAAGAAGCCCUCUCAGCCGAGUAAAUUAUCUUCAAUAGAGCUUAAACCAAUCUUGCCUUCAUCGACACCUUCACAUCCUGGGAUAGUCCACAUCCCACCUAACUUUUUACCUCCCGAUGCACUCAAGAAUAAGACUGGUACUGGUAAUGCCGACGGUACACUGAAUGGAGAUCUGGUAGAUUGGUUGGUUCCUGAUAAAGCUAGAGCAGGGCUGAUGAUGGACCCCUCAUUCCUCGAACCAUACUUUCCAACAGUAGACGAACGUCUGGUCAUACGCCAUUACCUCUCGAAAACGGUCCAUAUCAUCAUAGCUUUCGAAUCUAAUCAUCGUCCAUGGAACCCCUGGAUCACCGUCCAUGCGCCUCUCGCGUUCAGACACCUACCAGGUACCAAUCCCGCGGCGGACGCUCUGAGGUCAGCAAUCCUAGCAGUUGGUGGAGUCCAUCUCACGUACUCUACCAAUCCGAACGAUCAAGCUGCCGCAUGGCGAAUAACGAAAUCGGCCAAGGUGAAAGUGUUGAAUCUGAUUAGGCAGACUCUGGAAGAUAAAGAUGGAAAACCGAAAGUGUUGGAAAAGGAGAAUAUAGAAUUGGUUUUGGCGGCGCUGUUGAGCUGUACGAUUGCUAGUUCCCUCGCUGCCGACGACUCAUGGCAUCACCUCUUGUCAUCCGUUCUAUCGCUCAUCGAUCAACUAGGCGGCGCACAAAACAUCUUGCAAGACGCUCCGAGAGAUAGAUUAUCACCUUACCGAUUCUUCAUGGAACAGCUGGCGAUCCGAGAUGUGUUCGGAUGUAUGACUACAGAACUCGCACCGAGUAUCUUGCAGGACGCAUUCACACCGUGGUUCUUCGAAGCUGAGAGCUGGUCGAGGAGUGAUUUCGAAUGGGAGAGCGUUGAGAGGAUGUUUGGUAUAUCAAGGGGAAUGGUGGAUAUGAUAUCAAGAGCUUGUAAUUUGAUAGCCUCUGUUCGAGCUCUUAAUCGACAUUUACCCGAAUUGGCCUUGCCUACCCUUGAUCCCUCCUUGGUGGCACUACACAAAGCCUCAUCAGAGCUGAUGUCGGAGUUGAAGAUAUGGGACGAAGCUGAGAACUUUACACCAUUGCAUCCGAGGACUCAAUAUGGGAACCACUCGUAUAAGCAUGCGAUCAGGAUAAGAAUGUUGAGGAAAGUGUAUAAUAUUCCUAGCGAUGAUCAGAGAGUCGUCAGCAGUUCACAGGCUAUCAUUGAACUUGCUGGAGAGAUGUUAGCUUUGUAUGGGAAGAUCACCUGGUUAACUUGGCCGAUCCUCAUUGCCGGUUUUGAGAUUCCUCCUUCUCAUCCCUCUAGACGAACAGCUUUAGACAUGUUGGGUGCAUUUGGCCCUCACGCAUGUUUCGACAAUCGAGCUGCGGCAAGGAUGUUAUCUGAUUAUUGGAUGUGGCACGAUAUGGAUGGUGAUCAUGCUACUAGCUGGGAAGUCGCUAGGACGUUGAAUCAGAGACCUUUCUUAGAUUGA